AUGGGAGACAGUUUGUCGGACAACAUCUCAGAGAAUGGUGCGAAGGCUACGGGAUUCAGCAGGCCUUCACUUCCGUGGCUUCGGCUCGACCACGUCGGGGGCAGCUGGGCGGACGAGCUUCCGGACGUGCUAUGGGCAAUCCGCACGACCCCAAAGGAGGGGACGGGAGUGACACCGUUUCACUUGGUCUAUGGAGGCGAAGCGGUCGUCCCUGUUGAAGUUGGAAUCGAAUCCGAUCGUCUACAGCAAUACAACGAAGAGAACGUCGGGCGGAGACUCCUGGAGCUGGACUUAGUGGACGAAGCACGCGCCAAAGCAAUCGUCCGGCUGACGGCUUACCGACAGAGGAUGCGCCAGAACUACAACAGGCGGGUAAUACCUAGAUCUUUUCAGGUUGACGACUUCGUAUGGAAAAAGGUGAAACUGGUCGGGGAUGUCACCAAGCUGUAG